UCCGCCGCCGCUGCCUCGGGCCCCGCCAUGGCGCAACGGUGAUGGGCGGCGGGGCCGGGCCGGGGAUAACGGGGCCGAAGGGAACCGGGAGCCUCAUGCGGCGGCCGCCGCCAUGGGGCAGGUCCUGGGCUUCGCCCACUGCAAAGAGGCUCCGUCCACGGCCUCCACCACCCCGGACUCCACGGAGGGUGGCCCCGAGGAGCCCGAGUUCCCCCCCGAGCUUGCGGCGUCCCCGGAGCCCCCCGAGGAGGAAGAGGAGGAUGAAGAUGGGGGGACCCCCCCCAGGACCCCCCCCCCGCGAACUCACCUUCUCCUACAUCGCCUUUGGGGGGGGGGGCAGCGCCCCCCAAACCGAGCCUGGCCCCCGCUGCCGCCGGGACCCCCGCCGGGGCCGCCCCCCCCGCCUGGGCUCGGGUGCCCCCCCCCGGGGGCUGGACCCCCAUAUAGGGGUCAGAGCCCCCCCAAAGCGGCCCGAGGAGCCCCCGGUCCCCCCCGAGGGGCGGCUGGAGGUGGGGGGGGGCCGAGAUGGAGGAGCCCCUGAU